AUGGCGGCACGGUAUCCCACUCUACGCGUCGCACUGGCAGUCGCUGGCAGUUUGACUUUACUCAUUUUGGCAUUCGCAAUUCACAGAGGCUGGACGACUAAUGCGCACAGCAAAUGGGCACGAAUUCUGCCUGCUUCGACCACCAGCAACUCCUACUCUAGUGCGGGAUUGCAAGUGCUACAAGAUGUCUUUAACGAGACUUUGGGCGUGAGUUGCUCAAGCAGGAUGUUCCAGCAUCGCCACUGACUCCUUCAAAGUUUCAGAAAAUCUUCGUCAUCAACCUACCUUCGCGAACAGAUCGCCGGGAUACCAUAUCUCUAGCAGCAGCCCUCACUGGGCUGAAAAUCGACUUCGUCGACGGGGUCACCGAUUGGGACGAGAGAAUACUACCUCCAGGGGCGACAGAGGCGAACCUAGGCAAAGGCAACACCGGGGCAUGGCGUGCUCACAUGAACGUUGCUCGAACGUGAGAAGCCUGUUUGUGAUCGCAUGAAAUUGCGCAGUGGUUGACAUGUGACAGGACCGUGGAGCAGAACCUGACUUCAGCACUCGUGCUAGAAGCAGACGUGGACUGGGAUAUCCGUAUCAAGUCCCAAAUGCAAGACUUCGCAAAGGCAUCGCAACUGCUGCUCCAGCCUGAUCGUGCGAACGACAGGAUGUAUGUCAGCGAGCACAUGCCGCGCAUGUCGUCCUCCUCGCCAUAUGGAGAUGUGAAUGCCUGGGACUUGCUGUGGAUCGGCCAUUGUGGGACUCACUUCCCCAGCGAGGAAGAAAAGGACAUCGGAGUCCCCGCGGGCCGGGUCGCGAUUCCCGACGACGAGACGGUUCCGGAGUCGCAACAUGUCAAUAUCCAAUUCGGCAACGAUGAUCUGAUAAAUCAAUACCCAAACCACACCCGAGUCGUGUCGAGAGCGCGAAUGAAUGUGUGUACUCUCGCGUACGGCAUGUCCCAGCAAGGCGCACGUCGAUUUUUAUACCAGCUCGGGAUCAAGCGCAUACAGUCCGCCACGGACAUCAUGUUUCGAGACCUCUGCGAUGGGUUAGCUGGAAGGCCCCUGCAUGCCUGCUUGACGGUCCAGCCACAGCUCUUCCAACACCACCGACCGGUUGGAGCCAAGUCGACAUUCAGCGAAAUCGCAAACCAUGGAGAGGAAUACAAUGAGCGAGCUUUUACAAGAAACGUACGCUGGAGCACACGUUUGAAUUAUGAGAAGCUCUUGUACGGGAAGACGGACUUCGUGGAUCUCUUUCCGGACGGUGAGCCGGCGACAGAUCUUGGAUUUUAG